AUGCCGGCUCUGUCCCCGACCAUGACUGAGGGCAACAUCGCGGCGUGGAACGUCAAGGAGGGCGACUCCUUCAGCGCCGGCGACGUCCUCCUCGAGAUCGAGACCGACAAGGCCACAAUGGAUGUGGAGGCCCAGGAGGACGGCGUCAUGUUCAAGAUCCUCUCCCAGGGCGGCGCCAAGGGCGUCCAGGUCGGAACUCGGAUCGCUGUCGUCGCCGAACCCAGCGACGACCUCUCCUCCCUCGAGGUCCCGGCCGAGGAGAAGGCCUCCCAGCCCGCCGGGAGCGCCCCCAAGGAAGGUGCCGCUGCUUCACAGGCCGGCAGCUCUGGCUCCUCCCAGGCCCAGUCCAGCGCAGUAAAGACCUCAGGCGGGGGCACCUACGAGCAUAAGCUGCCCCUGCUCCCCUCCACCGGCCACCUCGCCGCGCAGAAGGGUCUGAGCCAGGAGGAUCUGAGCAAGAUCAAGCCCACCGGGCCAAACGGUCGACUGCUGAAGGGCGACGUCCUGGCUUUCCUCGGAACCAUCGACGCCGAGGUCCCAGCCGCCAUCUCAUCCCGCUUCGAGAAGCUGGGACACCUCGACCUCAGCGACGUCAAGGUGGCCGCCCCCAAGAAGGAGGAGCCAGCCAAGAAGGAAGCUGCUCCCGCCCCCAAGGCCCCGGCCAUCGAGAACCUGGAGAUCAACGUCCCGGUCUCGCUGUCCAAGGUCGUCGAGGUCCAGAACAAGAUCAACGACACCCUCGGCGUCUUCCUACCCCUCUCCACCUUCAUCAGCCGCGCCGCCGACGUGGCCAACGCUGACCUCCCUCCUGCCUCGCGGCAGCCCACCGCCGAGGAGCUCUUUGACCAGGUCCUCGGGCUGGACAAGGUCAAGGCCGCCAAGGGCACCCGGGGCGUCUACCUGCCCCAAAUUUCUGCCAUUACCCCCUCCUCAUUUGUGUCCGCCUCCCCUUCCAAGAAGUCGGACAUUAUCGACAUCCUCACUGCCAAGCCUAAGAAGCGGGCUUCCCCGCCUGUCAUUCCCACAGUCCCCGGCCUGUCGAGCGGCGCCAAUGUCUUCAGCCUGGUUGUCCCCAAGGCCGAGGAGGAGAGGGCACAGGUGUUCCUGGAGCGAUGCAAGGCGAUUUUGGAGGAAGAGCCGGGACGGUUGGUGCUGUAG